GCUAGGGUUGUUGUGCUUGAUCUGAGAACGAGGUGGCUGAUGGUUACAAAACAAGCUCACUAGCAAUGUCCCGUGUGGAGAUCUGUUCCCUUGCUUACGAGGGAAAAUUUAACGAGUUAACGGAAAAAAUUGAAUUGAAACCGAAUUUAGCGACCAAGUUAGACGAGAAUGAGCGCAUGCCACUUCACUGGGCUGCAUCUGGUGGACACAGUGACAUUGUUAAACAUUUACUUGAUCUUGGAGUACCAACUGAUAACAAAGAUGAUGCUCAGUGGACUCCUCUGAUGAUUGCUGCAUCUGCUGGAAGAGAUACCAUUGUCUACAUGUUGAUCAGCAUUGGAGCUGAUGUUAACAGCAAAAAUGAAGGAGGACAAACACCACUACAUUAUGCAGCAUCAAGAAACAGAUAUGAGGUGAUGCAUUGCAGUCAUCAUGGCCUCACAAGUUUACUCCCAAAUCAACAAUUAAUUGGCAGAGAGAUUGCAGAAUUGCUACUUCAGAGUGGGGCUUAUGUUGAUGUACAGGACAAAACAAGUGCUGCUACCCCUCUACACCGCGCUGCAUCGCAGGGCCACUCCAAGAUUGUCAAGUUGCUCUUAAACCACAAUGCAAGUUGUAAUAUACAGGAUGCUGAAGGCAACACUGCUCUUCAUAUGGCCUGUGAGGAGGAUAGGGCAGAAAUAGCUGUCACACUGGUUGAAAAUGGGGCUAGUCUCUACAUAGAAAAUAAGAUGAACAUGCCGCCUGUGGAACUCGCUAACAAGAGACUUGCAAGACAACUAAUUCGCCUGAGUGACAGCUGACGUUCUCCCGCUCUGUUCACUUUUUGAGGAAG